AUGUUCAGACAAUCCCUUAGAUCCAUUGCCAGAACAGCAAGAACCGCCACUGUUGGUGUCAGAACCUACGCCGAGGCCGUCAACCCAGACGUUCUCAAGGUCUCGCUCGUCAGCCAGGUCAACUUGCCAGCCAGCUCUGGAGAAAUGGGUGUUUUGGCCAACCACGUGCCAACGGUCGAAGAAUUGGCUCCAGGAGUCGUCGAAGUGAUCGAGUCGUCCGGCAACACCUCCAAAUACUUUGUGUCCGGUGGUUUCGCUACCAUCGUGCCAGGCUCGAAGCUCAACAUCUCCACCGUCGAGGCCCACCCAUUGGACGCUUUUUCCUCUGAGAACAUCAAAUCGCUUCUAGCCGAGGCGCAGAAAAACGCCUCUUCCGCAGAUGAAACGGUUGCUGCCGAGGCUGCCAUCGAAAUCGAGGUCCUGGAAGCUCUCCAAGCUGUUGUUCACUAG